AUGGAACAAGACGAGGAAGAUGUAUUCGAAGGCGUUGGCAUCGACGUGUUUCAAGAUUAUACACACCCGAAGGCUUUUGACUUCUCUCACCUCUCAUCAUGGGACACAUUUACCCAAGAUCUCUCCAGAGCCUGUCAAUCAGUCUUUCCCCAGCAUCCUGCUAAAUAUGAAGGAGUCCACGCUCUUCUCAUGAACUGGGCUGAGGACGAUCUUGGAACGGAUAUCGAGUUAGUCGAUAUGGAUGCUUUGUUCCGAGACCACUUCAACUACUCAUCAGAGAUAUGGAAAAUACCUAGUCAACAUUCAGAAGACGCUCUCGAGCGAAAGCUUUCAGAAGUAAAGGUACAAUUUGGGGGCGAGAACCGGCUCUUGAUUGUCUACUAUGGAGGUCACGGUCGCCAUGAUCCCAGCAGUCGUAGUAUCUGGCAAGCAUAUCUCAAUCGCAAGACACUUGGCAAACCGAAGAGUCCGACUCUCUCCUGGAGUACUUUACAGCCCAUGCUUCAAAGGGCCUUAUGCGACGUGCUAAUCCUGCUGGACUGCUGUUUUGCUGGAAGUGCAGCUCGUGCUUCAAUCAAUGGUACCAACGAGCUACUCGCCGCUUGUGGCCGAGAGACGACUACCGCAGCCGUUACCGAUAGAUCAUUCACGAGAAAUCUCCUACGGAAGAUAAAGUCUUUCAAUGGGCAGCCUUUUACGGUCAAUCAGCUCUAUGAGCGACUAAUCAAUGAUCGCAAGCGAAUAGACAAAACGCCGCAAUAUGCUGCUUUAUCAGACUGCGCAAGAUCUAGUAUUGUUCUAGCGCCUGUAAGAUCUGAGCUGGCAGUGAACGAUUUCCAAUUAUCCGUACAAUCCUCGACAGAAUCAGGAUCGAAUGAUUCAGGGCCUUUGACGUCUGCUUCAACCUCCCUCGUGCCGUCGUCAGAAACGGGCGCUUCCGGACUAUCGUCUCCUUCCGAAGGCCCUCGUGUAUUAAUUGCUGUAUCAUUAGCAGCCGAGGCUAGUGUUCCGGAGGUCGAACUAUGGAAGAACUGGCUCUCAACGGAUGCUCCUGAUGACGUUCGCCGCCUUGAGGUCACUAUGGAGACAGCUUUUUCGGCUCAUUCCACACUAGUACUUGUAUCAGUGCCGAUAAGCGUGUGGAAUCACCUUCCAGAUACAUCAGCCUAUCGUUUUGUUGACUUCAUCAAAUCCGGAAAUCUAUUGGCCUGUGGAGCGAAGCAAUCCGAGCAACAUGAAGAGAUCUUCGUUGUCAAAGGGAACGCUAUGACUGAUGAUUCAUCGAGCAUAGUUUCUGAUGAGGGUUACCAAUCCAUGCAUGACAGCCUAAGUUUAUUGGGCAUGGAUCAUGCAAGAAUUAACCACCUCUCCAACGCGCCAUCUGGACUCCUAGAGCCGACUUUGUACUCUCAAUCCAUCGAUCGUUCGAUUAUCGUGCCCCCUCAACCUACGCUUGCGGGAGUUGUUCUUGGAGAUUUGGGUAUCAGCAGAUGGGCAACUUAUGCUCUUUCAGCAUCUGACAGGAAUCUCUACAACAGCUGCCCGUUGACGGGAUACUGCGAUUUUCGGAUUUUCACAUUACGUCAAGGCUCCUCCAAUGAACCGAUAGAAGGUACCCUGAUGACCUGUUCUCUUGAAAAAGGAACGAGUUCUUUUGAAAAAAUCCAAUCAUAUGAAGCCUUAUCUUAUCACUGGGGCAGUGGGAACGCCAGCUUCAAGAUCAAGAUUGUUACAAAGGGUGUUCCUACUACUUUCAAUGUCAGGCCAAAUCUGCAUGCAGCGCUAAAUCAGCUGCGGCUCCCUGACAGGCCAAGAAAGCUUUGGAUCGACGCCCUCUGCAUCAAUCAAAGUGAUAAUGACGAAAAAAACGCCCAAGUCCCUCUUAUCGCAGAUAUAUAUGGUGGAGCAACACAAGUAUGUGUUUGGCUUGGAGAAGCAAGUAUGGACAGUAGCCUGGCUCUGAACUUCAUCAGCCGGAUCGUCAACCUAGAUGAUGUUGACCGCUUGGUGGCAGACCAGAGAAAUGCGCAAGAAUGGAUCGCUUUGUCAUCACUAAUGAAAAGGACGUGGUUUAGGCGUCGCUGGGUCGUUCAGGAGAUCGCACUAGCAGUCCGUGCCACACUCUAUUGCGGUGACGCUCACGUUGACUGGUCCGACUUCGCUUGCGCCGUUUCUUUCUUCGAGGCCAUCGAAUCGGAAAGUCACGAGAUAUCAAAAAGCGUCGUGGGAGCGAUUCGCCUUGCGAAGGCCUCCAGUAACCUGUUCCGCAAGUCCAAGGAUGGACAAGUCCUCGAACGACUGUUUUCACUAGAGACCUUGAUCUCAACUUUUUCCGACUUCCAAACUUCGCGACCUCACGAUACCAUCUACAGCGUCCUGAAUCUGGCGAGGGACGUGCCCACAUCUGCAGCGAAGAGCGACACGGAAAGGCUUGUCAAGCUCGCAACCCCCAGAUUCACGCAGGCCGCGGAAGGAACUCGAUUCAUGGUUGACUAUAACAAGCCGUUUAUCGAGGUAUGCAAGGAAUUCCUCCGGCUCACAAUCAAAACCGACGGGUUCCUAGAUAUCAUAUGUAGGCCGUGGGUGCCUGAAGAGGGCAUUUCAGAGACCGAGCGCCCGUCAUGGCUCCUCACGACCUCAAAAGCGGCCUGGGGAAUGCGCCCUGACGGAAUCUAUAGCAGAGCAAAUGCUGACACGUUGGUCGGACUACCCGACUUGGGCAAGCGGAACUACAACGCUUCAAAGUCAUUCAAAGUCACUGACAAAUGGAAAUUUGGGGAAGGUCAAAAAGUUCGCAGCAUGUAUGUGGAGGGGUUCGUCAUCGACUCCAUCAAGGAGAAGAAGCCUUACGCGGCUGACGGCAUCAUCUUCCGUGAAUGGCUGUCUGCUGGAGGCUGGACCGAUAUGUCCGCGCUGCCACCGGAUGAGUUCUGGCGCACAUUGGUUGCAGACAGAGGGCGGAAUGGGGUGAACCCUCCAAUGUUAUAUCCACGUGCCUGCAGAGCCGCUUUGGAACAAAGCGUCAAAGGCGGACACGUACACACCAAUACACUGAUACGCGACGUCAGGAGCACCAGCGUCGCGAACUUUCUUCAAAGAGUUCAGGAGGUAAUUUGGAUGAGAAGGCUCAUCAUUACGGAACGCAACACUCUCGGCUUGGCUCCAGAGAUGUCGAAGAAGCGAGACCUCAUAUGCAUUCUCUAUGGCUGCAGUGUACCUGUCGCGCUACGAAGGAUGGUGGACCCGGUGACUGAUGAGGAAUACUUUACUUUCAUUGGAGAGUGCUAUGUCCAUGGUCUCAUGGACGGUGAGGCUUUCGCUUUGGCCACAUCUCGGAGUGAUAAUGGAAUGAUCGCCAACAAGGUCUUUGAGCUUCGAUGA